GAAACCUCACGCGAUUGGUCAGUAAGCGCACGUUCCUCGAAACACUUCCUGCCAAGCCUCAACAGAGAAAGCGUCCCAUGAAGUGACAACCGCGUUGUCCGGUUAUAACAGCUCCUGUUUAAGUGGCAGAUGUGGAGCAGAAUAUUGAGUCCUCGUGUGAUCGGAAGAACAACACUCUGUUGGAGGAGUCUCUUCACUAUGAAGCUGAAGACCAGUGAGUUCCAGUCGGUGAUCUCUGAUGGACUGAAUGGACUAGCGGAGGUGUUUGAGAAGCACCAGCAUGAGCUGAGGAUAGCUGGAGGUGCUGUGCGAGACCUGCUGUCCGGGACGCAGCCCGAAGACGUGGACUUUGCCACCACAGCCACUCCGGAGGAGAUGAAGCGCAUGUUCCAGAAAGCUGGCAUCAGGAUGAUCAACAACAGAGGAGAGAAGCACGGGACCAUUACAGCGAGACUCCACAAUGAGAACUUCGAGGUGACCACGUUGCGCGUGGACGUUCAGACGGAUGGCCGUCACGCAGAGGUGGAGUUCACCACUGACUGGCAGAAAGACGCCGAGCGGAGAGACCUCACCAUCAAUUCCAUGUUUUUAGGCCUAGACGGCACAUUAUAUGACUAUUUCAAAGGAUACGAAGACCUGCAGAAUCGCAAAGUUCGGUUUGUUGGCAGCGCUGAACAAAGAAUCCAGGAGGACUACUUGAGAAUACUGCGCUAUUUCAGAUUCUACGGCAGGGUGGCCCUGGAGCCUGGCGCUCACGAGGCCGAGACGCUGGCUGCUAUUCGGGAGAACGGCCGCGGACUAGCAGCCAUAUCGGGAGAACGGAUUUGGAUGGAACUGAAGAAGAUGGUUGUUGGUGGCCAUGCCGCUCAUCUGCUGGAGCUAAUGUACAGUCUGGAACUGGCCCAGUACAUAGGUUUACCUCCAGGUGGCAACGUUGAGGAGAUGAAGCUAGUGUGGCAGAACGCCAAAGACAACUCUCCCAAGCCCAUGACCAUCCUGGCCGCUCUCUUCCGCCGCCCGGAGGAGGUGGAAAGGAUGGACAUCCGGCUGAAGGUGUCCAGGGAGGAGAAGACUCUGGCUCUGUUCCUGGUGAAAUACCGGCGGGAGCUUUGCAAGAGCGAAGACGAGCCGGACAGCCUCAAACCCUUCACCGACUUUAUCUUCGACAGUCGGGAGCUGGACUCUCAGAGUAAAGUGUGUGAGCUGCUGAAGUACCAAGACGAGGGGAAGCUGCUGUCAAAGCUCAGCGGCUGGUCCGUCCCCCGCUUCCCCGUCAGCGGUCACGACCUGAGGAGGCUGGGGGUCACGACGGGGAAGGAGAUAGGCACCACAUUGCAGGAGCUCCGCGACAUCUGGAAGAAGAGUCGCUACCAGAUGGACAAAGAUGAACUCCUCAGUCACAUCCAGUCUUAAAUGAGGAGGGGAGGUAAUUGUGCCUCCUUACAGAUAUGGAUUGAGCAGAUUGCGGCACAUUGUUUAGAGGGCGCGAGAGAAGAGAAGACUGCAAGAAAUGAGAAAUGCGUAGUUGUUGACGAAUGCAAUUUCUUUCCAAGUUUUGUUGUCUUGCAUCGCCAUGUGAAGAGAUCACACACAUGCACUCAGCAGCACGGCUGCCACCUUUUUUAUGAGUGAAUGUGUACAAUUACAUUAUUACAGAGCUCCAUGUAAAUCCAUUGGCUAAGCAGCUGUUAUGCUCAGUUACUAUCAACAAUAUUAAUUGUUAAAUUCAUAUUGAAAAGCAGAAGUUUGGUUUUGAUUUGUAUUUUUAUUCCUUUGCUGUGCUUUCUGUAAAGAAACUGUUCGUUUAAAAAAAAAAGAAAAAAAAGACAUGUUUUAUUGAAAAGACUGACUCUUUUUGUUUAAGUGCAUGUAGUGCAGAAUACAAUGUUUAUAUCUUA